CCAUAUUAUCCCAAUGACUACAUAUGUAGUCAUGUAUUUUAAAAUACCACUAGUAAUGAUUAAAGAACCCAUUUGAAAUUUCAUGGGCAUUAACCUAAUUCUGCACUCUUGCCUGGUCUAUGAAUCGCUAAAACUAUGCAUAUUUAAUUUACCCCUUCAUAUAUGGUGAAGAAGAAAACGGAUGAAAUUCAGGUUUUCUUCCACUUGCUACCUUUUCAUGUUCUAGCCUGCACAGCAUUGCCGUGGCUGCAUCGCUGGAGGUGUCAUUCACUCAGUCCCUUCUUGGAUGCUUGAGGAAGUACAUCUAAUCCUCAACUCCUGCAUUGACUUCAUUUCCUGUUCUUGAGGACAGCAGAAUGGACUCUGGAACAUUUUAUGGACCGAAGAUCAGAUCCCAAAGAUUUCUUAGGGAUGCCAUCGAUUUUGCUGAGACCAGAGAAGGAGAUGUAGACAUUGUUAUUACUGGUCCACCAGGUGGAGGUGACGACAGUGAUAUAGAGCAGCUCGAUGAUGACACACUUGUAGAUGUUGAAGGAAUGCCAGAAGAAGUAGCAGGAGAGGUUGAUGUUAUGUAUGAAGAAUCUGAUGAAGACACUACUGCUUACCAAGUUUCCAGAAAAAAGCAAAAGCUUAGUGUGCCUAAAUGGAAACAAAGUCACAUUACCCCACAAGUGGACUUACAAAAUGACAAUUCAGUUGUGACACUCUGUAGCAAUGCUAUUGGGCUAGAGCCAAUACGGCCAGUAAAGAGAAGAGUGAAGGACAAAGGUUCCGUAAAUGUUCCUCAGCCAAAUGUUGUUGCUUGCUACAAUGCAGGUAUGGGAGGAGUAGAUUUGAUGGACAGAUCACUAGCAGAUUACAGACCCACUAUUCUAGGGAAAAAAUGGUACUGGACUUUGGUAGUCAAUGCAAUAAAUAUUGCAGUUGUGUUUAGUUGGAGAGUUUAUCAGCUAUGUUACAUCAGUCUCAACCAAAGCCGAGAACAGACUCACGACCUGGACCUUCAUUUUCAGUUCUUGCAGAUGUGAGGACUGACAAUAGAAAUCAUUACCCAAAGAGUUGCCCAGUCAGACGUUGCACAGUUUGUAAGAAAAACUGCAGAAUACAGUGUGCAAAGUGCAACAAAUCCCUCCACUUGAAAGAAUGUUUCCAGAAAUUUCAUGAAAAAUAGAGUAGUACUUUCGAUAGAAUAUCAUUUCCCUGUUUUAUUUGAAUAAGGUGAUUAUGUUAUGGUUAUUUAAUCGUUAGAAUAUUAUUUCAGUUAUUUUUAAAAUAUUAUUUCAGUUUUUAUUUGAAUAAGGUGUCAUGGUCAUUUUAUGUUUCUGUAAAGGAGCAAAGGAACAAUUUAUGAAUACAAAAAAUGUGAACAAUGUCAAAAAUAUGUCAUUUGAAAUAUUUGAAAUAAAUAUAAUGUGCUUAAAA